UCUGGCGCAAAGAUCAACAUCUCCGACGGAUCUUGUCCGGAGCGAAUAGUGACAGUGACAGGGCCGACGAAUUCGAUCUUCAAAGCAUUCACGUUGAUCUGCAAGAAGUUCGAGGAAUGGUGCUCGCAGUUCCACGACAUCCAAGGUGGCGUAGGCGUGCCAAGGCCGCCAAUCACGCUCAGGCUCAUCGUGCCCGCGUCCCAGUGCGGCUCCCUCAUCGGCAAAGGGGGCUCGAAGAUCAAGGAGAUCCGCGAGGUGACGGGCGCGUCGAUCCAAGUCGCCUCAGAGAUGCUUCCUAAUUCGACGGAACGGGCGGUGACCAUAUCUGGCACCAGCGAGGCCAUCACGCAGUGCAUAUAUCACAUCUGCUGUGUUAUGCUAGAGUCCCCUCCCAAAGGUGCCACGAUCCCUUAUCGCCCCAAACCCCAAGUUGGUGGGCCAGUGAUCCUGGCUGGUGGGCAAGCCUACACCAUCCAGGGUAAUUACGCGGUGCCCGCCCACUCCGAUGUAAGUACAGUAUUGCCAUUGCCCGCGCCCGCUGCCGGGCACACCCCGCCCUCGCUGAACACCCAAACUUUGACGACUUCGCCCUUCGCGGCCCACCCCUCCUCGGCCUUCGCCGCUUCUCACGGGCAUCCGCUCCUAUCCACGGCCCACCUUACGACCCCACAUCAUCCCCUCCACCCGAGCCCCUUACACGCCAGCGUGGCAGGCCUCGCCGACCCCCUGCUGAAGAGUGGACACUUGCAGGCAGCCCUCCCGCCCGCACACCUCGUGGCAGACGCCAUGGGCAAACUUGGUAGCAAUCCCCUGGCUGGACUCGCGGCUCUGGGCCUAGGAGGCCUCGCCACACCUGCCAACACCGGCGGACUUAAUCCAGCAGCCCUGGCAGCGCUUGCCGGCAGCCAGCUGCGCACCAGCAAUACAAACAGGCAACAACCAGCGGCGAACAAUCAGACACACGAGAUGACGGUGCCAAACGAGCUGAUCGGUUGCAUCAUCGGGAAGGGCGGCACCAAGAUCGCCGAGAUUCGUCAGAUCUCCGGCGCCAUGAUCAGAAUCAGUAACUGCGAGGAGAGGGAGGGCGGAGCCACGGAUCGUACGAUCACAAUAACAGGAAAUCCUGACGCCGUUGCAUUGGCACAAUAUCUCAUCAACAUGAGUGUUGAACUGCAGAAAGCUAACCUAGAGGCCCAAAAUACCCAAACCCCUGGCAGCGGUACCACUCCCGGGGCAUCCGGGGCCAGUGCUUCUCCCUCUACCACCACUACCACUGCCUCUCCCUUGGCCAGCGCCAUUCCCUUGGCUCAGCUGCUAAGCAAGCCAGGCGCCCUCAACGCCCUAUCUAGCCUCACCGCCCUCGGCGGACUCACGGAAUUGCUAGGUGGUGCUGCGGGCGCGGCUGCAUCCGCGCUUCCGGUCCAGACAACCGGGGUGCACCGGUCGCAUAAGUUCACGCCGAGGCUACGUAGUCCUGGCGCACCGGGACCAACCGAGAGCAAAUUCAAAUCCGAGCGCGCCAAGUACAACCCGUACUGAGCCAGCGGACGACCACCGACGGAGAGACGGGACAGGGAGAUCAUUACACAUUCUACACGCAUUACUCAUCACCACCACCGACUCCACGACCACCACACACUCACGGAACACGAAAUUUACAUCGGAGAAACGUGCGUACGGACGCCAGGGUAGCGCGAGUCCGGAUUCAAGGCACAGCCGAGGAUCGGACCACGGACAUUUAUAUCAUGGACUUGAUUCCCUCUCGAUAAGGGAUACAUUAACGAUGAUUAACGCGUAGGGUAAGACAACGACUACGAUACUAAUCUUUCGUUUCUGUCUUGCCGAUUCGAUCGAAUCGGUUAGUAACCGAGUACGGUGAAUACCUCGUGCCGAUAUAAACGAAUAAGUUCUCUUCCAUUUUACAAUCCGAGGGUUCGUUACCGAGAUAUGAGCAGUUGAAGUUUUCACAAAAUGGCGCCCACGGUAGACCACCCCAGUAAACUUUGACCACCCGUAUCUCUACAACGAAACUUCCGAUUGCAAAAUAGUAGAAGACUUUUCAGUCUAUUUUUUCACGAGGAAUUAUUCUCUCCAUUCGGUUACGAGAAUAUUCCAUUUUGACUCUUUUUUUUUCCCCCGUGUUUCUUACCCUCGUAUGAAUCUUAACGUCGAUAGUUUCGUUAGAAUUUCGCAUUUGCCGUGGAUGAGAUCCGACGCUGAGUCUUCGGACCGUUCACACUAGCGCGACACGUCCUCCGAGUUCUGCGCAGACGCAGGCGUGUCUCUCUGUGCCAGCGCGUGGGGUCGCGAGAGAGAUUUCGAAUCGGUGAUUGCUUUUUCUGUUUUUACAUUGCGUUGUUUACAUUUGUUUUUCUCCCCCUGUCGAUUCUUUUUUUUUUUUUUUUUUUUUGGCUUUUUGUAAUUCUAUAGUAUCGCGUACGAUACCGUCUGAAUCUCGGUACCGAUUCGACGCUCUUCCUCCCACGCGACUCGGAGGACGCUGACUGCUUGUGCACCGUCGCAAAGCAGCCUUUUAUAUAUACAUAUAUAUAUAUAUAAAUAUAAAUAUAAUUACGAUGAAUUAUUAAUUGAUUAAUGUUUUUGAUGCAAGAAACAUCUUCUUACUUAGCGUUAGGGAUUCCGAUGUAAUUUUUUCUCGUAGUUAUAGCCGACCAAUUGAAUCGAGAGAGGUGUUAUUGGCGCGAGUGGAACCGAACGAACGCGAGAUUAGAGAGAGAGAAAAAAAAACAAACGUUUAGGGGUGUAUGAGAGAGACUUUAUAUACACGUAUAAAUAUUAUCGAUUUUUUUGUUUUGGUUUCUUUUAAAUUAUGUCUUUACAAAAGGGAGAAGGAGUAGACGAGUAUGUAAAGUAUUAAGGAAGAUGAAAAAGAAAAUUGAGAGACAAACAUGCGUCGUGCGUAGAUGCACAGUGUCGUAAUCAUGUAACGUGCUUUAGAAACGUCGACAGACUUCCUCCGGAAAUGGUCGAACCGACCCGACCGACACAGAUAGCGAGGACGAGAGAGAGAAAGAGAAA